UGGUCGAUGGGUUGUCACUGGUGGCGGAGCUUACAAACGUCCGGAACUGAAAGCCUGUGAGGUUGAGACGGGAAUCGUGAAAAGAUUUGAAGGCCAAGGCUCACGGAUCACCUGCACCGAUAUCUCUGUCGACAGCACACUGCUUGCGGGUGGGUCAGACUCGACAGCACGGAUAUGGAACUUAGAAACUGGCAAACUCAUGGCUGGUCCAUUCAAGACCGUUGAUCGCGUGGGCGCAGUUCAAUUCUCCCCAGACUCAAAGAAACUCGCAGUCAAGUCAAGCGUGGGGAAAUGUCUUGAUGUCUGGGAUGUCCAGUCACAGAAAUUGGAUGUGAGGAUAGGGCAAUCUAGUGAAGAAGGAUCCACAGAUGCUCCAGUGUUCUGGACGAACAAAAACAAAAACAUCUUAACGGCGUUCAGCUUCGACGCGGAUGGCCAAGCCAGCACGAUCUAUGAAUUCGACGCGUCGACGCUGAAGACUGUCGGAACUGCCUUAGAGCACACUUAUCCUGUCAAUAGUCUAGCACUUCUAUUUGACGACGCCCUCGUCAUCAGUGCUUACAACGACGCAACCAUAAAGCUUUGGGCCUUUGAGUCCCGUCAGCUCCUUGCCUCCUACGGCGUCGGCGGCACCGUUGUUCACACCCUUAUGCCUUCACCCGACUCACUUCAAUUAGCCUACACGACCUACGGUGAUCCUGAUACCUAUAUAUUCAACGUUACCCCCGCUCUGCUUUCCAUACAGUCCACCCUCCGCAAAACCGAUACCAAUUUACUUAAUUCUGACGCAACCUGUCGUCCCACCGUCGUGCGCAGAACCCCAGCAAAACGGCCUGUCAUAUCUUCUCCCCCCAGGCCUCGAAUCCAUUCGCCUACAAUAGACCAUCAACAACCUAUUUUCCUUCGUCGUGUCCGCAAACUCUUUCAAUUUUCUUCUCGUACGAAUUCAGUUCCUCCUGUGCAGCCUCGCGAUCCAUGGGAUUUCCCUGCUACAUUGCCCUUGCCUCCCAACCAUUCGGCCUCGCCACAGGUCGCAACUCAGUUUGAUCAUUUCGAAAUAAGCUCUCCGCCCCGCCGCUCGAAUAGAAUCACGCAGUUCUUGCGCCAGGGCCUUCCCUUUCGUAGAUCUGGAUCCCAAUCCGAACCACCUGUCGUUGAAGUUGCACCCGGGCGGAAAUUCACUCGUCUUGCUGCUGCUAAAUUCCCAGAAUACAGGAAAGUCGAUGAUACCCGGCACCCCUCUAGACAGCAGACUACCGCACAGGCGCAGGGUGACCCCACGUCUGAUUCAUCUGACAUCGAUUCUCUCCCAGAUGUUCAUUGGGUCAAGGCUCUCCUCUGCUAUUACUCGUGCUGGUCUCAUGGCAGACUGAGGAAGCCUCCUCGAUGGCGCUUGGAACGCGUGGAUAUACCCCGCCAGGAUGGCACAACGAGUAGCAGCUGAUGCGUUGCAUAGUCACAGUUAGCUCAAGUGAAUACCAAUGCGGACAGUGUCGACGGGAAAGUAGGAAAGAGAGUGUACUCGAGUACGGUUGAGAUGAUGGCAUUCGGAGGAAAUGUGCUCUCCGUGCAAUGUUCAAAACUACUUCUUGACGUCGAAAGCAAAGCUGCAACGAAAAGCCUGCAACAAAGAAGGUUGAUUGCUUCGAAUACUACACCAUAUCAACGCCAUCCAGGGUCAUAAACAGGGACCACUUGAAGAUGCGAUCUGCAGGCGUCGGGUAAGGACAUUGAGAAUGUGUGGAAUGUCUGUGAUCGGGGAGCUGAAAAGCCUGUGAGGUUGAGACGGGGAUAGUGAAAAUUUUCAAUGACACUCGCAGAGUA